AUGAACGAUGCAGUCAACUCCCUGCUGACUGAGCAUUUCAGCUAUACGCCAUUGUCCCUGAUCGACGACAUCAUCAACUCCAUAAACAACCUCAUAUACCAAGCCAUCUCAAGUCUCGAAACUGGACUCCUCAAUACACCUCCCGAACGACUCGGUUUCGGCCAUGCCAACAACGCGUCUACAACGAUUCCAGACACCGACGCCGAGGGAAAUAUCGAAUACCCGGAAGCGACGCUAGAGAUUGAAAAUGGAUUACAUCAAUUAGAAACAUUGUUUGAGUCGUCGGUGGACAAGUCGUUCGAUAAAUUUGAGAUUUACGUUUUGCGAAAUAUUUUCACAGUUCCGGAUGAACUGGUAAAUUAUAUGCGACUGGCACAUUAUGAGAACCUAUCAUUUUCUAAUCAAGAUGGUGCUCCAACGCCAGAGUCCAUAAACAUGCAGCGCAAAAAACUUCGAGAAACGCGCAAACUCCAGCAAGCACUACAGAGAGAAUCCCUACAGAACGAAGCAGUCAUAGCGCAAUUAAAGGCAGUACUCUCAACAGCGCAAGAAUCAGUCAAGCCUGGCUCGAAAACAUCUGCAACAACACUCCCCAAUCUAUCCUUCCUCACCUCCGGACAUGCCGCAACCACACUCCGCGUCGGCCAAAACAACUCCUUGACUACAAACACCGACUUUGUCCUCUCCCAACUCCCCGCUCUUCAUGCCGCGACACGAAAACUACGCGCAAAACUAUCAACCUUGUCCAGCACCACCGCCGCUGUUUCGAACGACGCCACAAAACGGGACGAGAGACGGGAAUACAUCGACAGUAGAAUCAGACUACAUCUUGAGCGCUCGGGCGAACCUGCUUUGGGCGAUGGACAGGCGGCGAUUGCUGGAAGGAAAAUAUCCGGUGCUGAAGCUCAGGCGCUGGAAGCGGUGGGAAAUAUACUUAAUGAUGGGAAAUAA